CGUCAUUGACAGGAUUAGCCUCCCGAGUCCUAUAGUAGUACUCCUCUUUCUCUGCCGGCAACAUAACAACAAUCACAAUCACUUCAGUCUAACGGCAUCUCCCAUGGCCGCUUCUUCUUGUACAGUUUACCGUUUUUUUCAUCUCCGUGCCCUAUCUCCUCCCAACAGCAGUGGAAUUUUCAGUUUUCCCGGUGGUAGUAGAAGCAACAAGAGCUUUUCAGCGUUGCGCUUUUCAGCAAAAGCAGCAAAGAGUGACAGCGGCGCAAAUGUGAGUAGUGAUAAAAGGAAAGAAGAGAAACAACAAGAGUUGGAAGAAGAGGAGGUAGAAGAGGAGCUUCCAUGGAUACAGGAGAAAGCAUUGGACCUGGUUGAAUUCACCGGUUCUGUGACUCAGGCUCUUCCUGGGCCCAGGGUCGGCCAGACCUCCUUCCCAUGGAUUUUAACGGUUCCCUUGGCUUACUUUGGUAUUACUUUUGUCAUUGCCUUCGUCAAAACCGUCCGCAAGUUCAAUUCCCCUCGGGAGAAGCGCCGUAAAUUGGUCAACAAAAAUGCUGUGUUAUGCAAGUUAAUCGAUGAAUUAUUUGAGAAAGGAAAAGACAAUGUUGAGCCUGCUAGUUUGAAGGGACUGGCACAAAAGGUAGGUUUUGAUAUGGAGGAGAUUUUCCGAAAAUAUAUUCGGUACUCCUUGAAUGAGAAGCCAUUUAGCCCGGAUUUAGUAGCAGAUUUAAUUCAGUUGAGGAAAGCAUCAAUGCUGACUGAUUCUGAAGUAGCUGUAGUACUGAACGAAAUUUCACGUCGAAUUGUUCAAGACAAAGGUCCAGUGGUUAUGGAUGUAUCAGGCUAUUCUGAGAAGGGUUUGAAGAGAAAAUUUGCUGUGCAAGCUCUUUUUGGGAAGAUUUAUUAUCUCUCUGAGCUUCCAGAAUUCUGCUCAAGGGAUAGCUCCUUAACUGUUAAGGAAAUAUUUGGAGUGGCAGAUGAGGAUGCUGAAAAGCUUCGUUUACAUACCAUCCCAGAAGCUGGGAACAUGGAUUCACUUGAGAGGAUGGUGAAUGAGUCAGAUUCAGAAGUUUGGGGUGAUGAAUCUGCUAAUGUUUCCUGAUUCACAUCUCUUGAGUGUAGGGCAGUUGUUGGUUGGGAACAUUGUGGAAAGUAAUACAAAACUAUGAUGAGAUAACUCACUAUAACCUAGACAUCCUUUGCAGGGCCCAAGUCAUCAUCCCUAACAGCGGAUAAAGAGAAGUCAUAACUCCAAAACUGCAGCUAUAACCAAACCACCACGCGUCUUGUGAAAUUUAGUCUAGAAUUGCUUCAAUUUUGUGCCCAGACCACUUUUGAUACAAAAUGCUUGGUGUUUGUUGAAUGUGUUUGUUCGAGGUAAACCUGUGUAUUUCAGUA